AUGGACCCAUUCUCAGCUUUGGCAAAUGGUGUUGCUCUUGCCGAAAGUCUGAAGAAGUUCUAUCGCUUCGUUCAUGAUGCCAAAAAUGCGUCUGCAGAGCGGACUGAAGUCCAAGCACGUCUCAAUAGCGUGCAGGCCAGCGUACAAAGCACAAUGAAAUUGCUUGAGGACUCCCUUCCAAAGUUACAGGGUAGCGAAACCCCAAAUUGGAUAAAGGAUCUUGAGAUGAAAAAUUCCCCAAUUGAAGGCCUACGAUCCUUGAUGGAUAAGGUCAUCAAGGUAUUAGAAACAAAGAAGGGAGGUCUUCAUAGGCUCUGGAAGGAUCUGAAAUGGCACUCUGAAAAGAAGCACCUGGAAGAAGACUUCAAUGCCAUGGACAAUUUCUGUGCCAGCAUUCAAAGAAUCAUUCAAAACGCCAUCAAGGAUGAUACAAGUAUUAUCAAGGAAGGCACUAAAGCUAUUAAGGAAGAUACAGAAGAUACCAAAGAAAGGUUGAAAAGAAUUGAGGAUAAAACUGAUGCAGACCGUAACGAGAAAAGGUUGAAAAAGGCACAGAAGGAACGCAAAGAAAUUGAAGAAUGGCUGUCUACGCUAAAUUUCCAGGCCAGGCAACACGAGAUACUCAGAGGAGCCGCGGACACCGGAACGUGGUUUCUGGAUCUCCCGGCAUUCAAAAUUUGGAAGGAGGGAAGGCUAGAUAUUCUGCAGUGCUACGGAGCAAUGGGUACAGGCAAGACUGUCCUCUCGUCUAUCGUUGUUGAACAUCUGGUAAGGACUAUGCCAGACAUACCUACGCUGGUACUAUAUCUCGAAGAAACACCAAAAGAGUCCCAUGAUCCUGACAAUCUUUUUGGCAGCUUGGUUAAGCAGUUAAUUCAACUCAGAGGUCCAGCCGAUCCGAUUCCUAACAAAAUUCAUGAAGCUUGGGAGAAAGCAUCCAAAAUUGAUGUGCCACCGACCCCGGAAGCGCUAGAAGAGUCAUUCAGUCGUCUAGUGGAAGAGAAAGACCGUGUGCAAAUAGUCAUCAGCGGGCUCGACAAAGCCACGGAGGAAUCGCGCCUUUUCGUUCUGAAGUCGCUACAAAAGAAAGCUGGCGUGAAACUCUUGAUAUCGGCCAGACGAGAUGUAGCAUCGACAGAUAAUCAAAUAAACUGCAGUGUUGAAAGCUGCAAGAACAAGGCGCUUGACGUUUAUUACACAUGCAAACCGUGUUUGAAUGAGAAUAAGAAUAAUCGAUUCGACAUCUGUCAAGACUGUCACAGAAAGGACGUCUCAUGUCCUGUUGACGAAGAUCACGAAGUCAGCCUUCCCAAGAAACUUGAAGUUGUAAUAACCGCCCCGGACGAGGAUUUGGAGAAAUACAUUAGGCAGAAAAUCGAAGAGAAGAUGCCGCGGACGGACAAUGACAUGGACCCUGAUAUGGAAUCAUCAGAGGCCGAAGCAGAGGAGCUUGGUAAAGUGUGUGCCCAGAAUCCUGGUCUCAUGGAUCACAUAGUUCUUUCCAUUAUCAGAAAUUCCCACGAAAAAUUCCUGUUAGCGAAAUUAUAUACGAAGUCGUUGAUCAGAAAAUGUUCGAAAAAAGACAUCGAUGAUGCGAUAGAAGAGAUGGACAAUAACAAUUACGACAUAGCAGAGCUUAUUGAUCACCUGUUUGAAAAUGAGUUAAACCAACGACUCGCAUCACUGUAUGCCGAAGAGAUACAAAUCGUGAAAAAGACGUUUUCAAUCAUUUUCCAUGCAAAACGAGAUCUCAACUUCAGAGAACUACAACACGCACUUGCGGUUAUUCCGGGAAUGAAAGCCCACGACGGACAGCGCUUGGUAGCAAAAAAUAAGAUACUCAAAUUGACAAAAGGAUUCAUCACAAUUGGCCAAGAUACGGAUCAAAUAGUCCGAUUCGAUGAUAGAGUUCUCAGAAACUACUUCGAAAAGAAGCGUGAGACUUGGUUCCCAAACGGAGGAGUAGAAAUGGCCAACAUAUGUCUCGAUUAUUUGAGCAUUGAUGCUUUUUCCAGACCUUGCCCUCCCAAAGAAUUCGCGGAGAAGGAGAAAAAACACGACUUCCUAGCUUACGCCGUUGAGAAUUGGGGACAUCAUGUUCGACUUGCCGCCAAAGAGGUUGGAGCAAAGGCCGCGCAAUUUCUCCAGGACUAUCAAAGAAUUCAGGCUUACAUCCAAGCCGCGUGGGAGACAAAUGUGCAUAAAAAUGAGAAGUGGGAUGUACGAAAAAGGAUCCACGCGCUACACAUAUGUGCGUGGUUUGACUUGUGGGAGAUCAUACCGCUGCUAGACAUGCCUCUCGAUAUAGAUGUGCAAGAGGGCACUUAUGGACAGACACCACUAAUAUACGCAUGUAGAAGGGGAAACAUGAUUGUAGCGCGUCGUUUACUUGAACUAGGCGCGUCGAUCGAUAUAGAUAAAAAGGGGGAUAGGUCCGCGAUGCUUGAAGCCAUUUCUAGGAAGAAUUUUGCCAUUGUGAAGCUACUUUUGGAACCCAACCACAAGAACACCGCGAAGGUCAACACAAGGAGCUCGAAGAAAGCUGACCGGCCACCUCUUAUGGUAGCCAUAAAAGCAGGGUGCGAAGACAUCGCACUUGCUCUGCUCAGCCACCCUGACAUCGAUGUGAAUAUCAAGGAUAAGUAUGGCUAUACAGCACUAUCACUAGCGAGUUUCGAAAAACAAAAACGUGUUGUCGACACGCUGGUAAGCUCUCGGUUCUCUGGGCUAAUUGAUUUGAACGCCCGCGAAAUUACAGCCGGGCGAUCAGCACUGAUACUUGCGGCAAAGAAAAAUCAUGCAGAAAUCUUGAAGACUUUGCUGAAUGCUGGGGCAGACCCGGAUCUGAGAGAUCUGAGAAAGGGUACUGCGAUUUUCAGAUCAAUUGAAGGCAGGGCGCUUGAGUCCUUCAAACUGCUUCUCAGCUACCAGGUAGACACUAAGCUCAAAGAUGAACGAGGUCGCACUCUAAUGCACCACGCUGCCGAGCAUAACCGGGUCGAAAUGAUAGAACUACUGAGCUGUGCUUCAGGCCCUUCAAUGGAUGUUAACGCAAAGGAUGAUCUUCUUAUGACUCCAUUGCAUCGUGCCUGUGCUUUAGACAAUUUCGAGGCAGCUGAAAGGCUACUUGAUCUUGGGGCUGACUUUACUUCCGUGGAUUCUUUUCAAAGAACGCCAUUCAUCGUGGCAUGGCAGUACAGAAGCGAGGAGGUGAUGCAGUUAAUUGAAGACAACGCCGCCGGCCGAAACACCAACACAAUCAUAGAUAUCAAUGUAGAAGACCUCCCAGUAUGGUCACUGGUAAGAUCAAGAUCACUUGACUUGCUUAUCCAAGCCGAAAAGGGACGGGAGGCAGAGUUCAGCUUUAGAGAACCAGGAACAGGCAAGACCUGCUUUCACUUGGCUAUUACCGGCGACAACACUGGCAAUUUUGAUCAGGAUGAUAUCGCGUGCCGAAUCAUAGAAAUCCUAUUGAACUCGUGCGCAAAUGAUUUGUUGGAUGCAACCGACGACGAUAAACAGACACCAUUACAUCUAGCAUCAAUCCGAGGAUACGUUAAGUGCGUUGAACUUCUCGUAAAACAUCAUGCUAAACUUGACGAAGUCGACCGCUUCGGCAAGACGGCUAUCUACAGCUCCUUUGUGAACGGAAAUUUGGUAACCACUGUGACACUCGUGGAAGCUGGCGCAAAAGUAUCAGAGGGUGGUGGUGUGAGUCUCCAGAAGAUUUUAUUUGCAGCAAUAGAUUUCCAAAGCGUGAUCGCCGUACAAAAGCUUUUCGAGGCUGGUGCAGAUGUGCUGGCACAAGACGAGAACGGAUUAACACCCAAAAAGAAAGCGAUUCAGACAGGCAACGAUGAGAUCCUUCAUUUGAUAUCAACGUCAAGAAGCUUGUAUAUCAAAGAGGUGCCUAGCAGGAAAGUCACCGAGCUGCAAAAUGAUGUAGCAGAGCUACGAGAGUCAACAGCGGACGAGCUGAUCUUGAUGCCAUCACCGCCCACAGACUUGAAGACUAUUCCUUUCCAUGGCUUCCGAGCAAGUGCUGUAGAACUAGACUGGAACACUGAGGAAGAUAUGGAAAGUCAAGAAGAUAGGAGGGAGCUCGUGCCAGUGUUGUGCUAA